AUGGCUCCAUCCAGCUUCCAGACCCCCGUGCACGUCACCCACAUCACGACCGCCACGGCCAUCCUCGAGGUUGGCGGCGUCACCUUCAUCACGGACCCAGUUUUUGGCGAAGCGCCAGCCGAGUACGAGAUCACGCACCUGAUGCCAGAGGGGACCCAGCCCAUGUUUGCCAAAUUCGAGGACGGCCCUGCUCUAAAGUUGCAGGAUCUCCCUAUUAUCGAUGCUGUCCUUCUCAGUCACGAAGACCACAUUGAUAACCUCGAUUUCGAGGGUCGUCGCCUCCUUGACGGGCGUCGAGUCAUCACCACGCCGGACGGGGCCAAGAACCUCGCCCCGAGGCCUGGUGUCGCGGCCAUCAAGCCUUGGGAGACCUUGACUUUCCCCUUCCAUGGGAGUGAUUGGGACAUUACUGGAGUUCCAUGCACGCAUCUUCCAGGCGGCGAGGUCACCGGCUUCAUUCUUCGCACCGAGGCAUUUGGAAUGAGCCCCGACGGACUGCCAAAUGCCGUAUACUUUACCGGCGAUACGGUACUGAUACCGGAACACGCCGAUAUCAGCAAAAGAUUCCACAUCGUCGUCGCUAUCAUGAACCUCGGAGACGCACGUAUUCCACUCCCUGGAUUGGAUGAGCCUUUGCAGAUUACAAUGGGAGGUAAAGAUGCGGCAGAGUUGUUCCGUCAGCUUCAAGCAGACAUUCUUGUGCCCAUCCAUUAUGAGUCUUGGCAUCAUUUCACCCAGUUCGGCACUAGACUGCGAAAAGUUUUUGAGGAGGAGGGCAUAUCUGACAAAAUUUGCUGGUUGGAGCCUGGACAGAAGAAACGAGUUAUCUAA